AGCUGGUGCACUGCUCUUAACCCGCAGAUACAGACAGACGUAAAAAGGAGAACAAGCAGGCACCUCUGCUGCACAAAGCGCAACGGUCACAUUUUUAUCUCCAGUUUUGGUCUUCAAACAAAGAGAUGGCACAAGGAAGACAGCGGUACUUCUUGUUUCAUUUCACACUCGUGUUGUCCCUGGUCCUUGCAUCAGCUCUGAAAACUCUCGACUCAAAACGAGAACUGCAAGACAGUGGGUUUGGGCGACCCCCGCCCCGCCACGGCCUCAAGCUUCUGGUGUGGUACGUCCAGAACUGCCUGGACAACAACAUGAGGGCUUUGUGUGAUCCCAAGAAAGGAGAAUAUGGAUUUCAUGAGUUUAAGAAUUUUGGGAGAAAUCCUCUGCUUCCAGUGAUUCACGACAAAGGGCAGUACGCAUAUUUUACCCUUGGUAACCUCCACUCUCCUCAUGCUGAGGAUCUGCCUUACAACGUCAGGAAGGACUACAACCCCAGAGAUCCUCACAGUAACAUGGACAGAGUUCUGGUGAGAUACAACAAGAACAACAGACGCAUUGAGGAGAUAUAUGCGUCUGCACAUUACAAUGCAAAAGAGACAUACAAAAUUGGCCCAAAUCUUCUGGCUGCUCUUCGGCAGAAAAAAACGUCUUAUUUUAAUGGAAAGAGAUGUUCUUCUGAUGCAGAAUCCCUUCUGUGGCAGCCAUAACAUCUUUGACCCAAAAAUAAAUCCAUGAGAAAUGUAAACUUCUUUCAUACAAUCUUGAGUAAUAUGUAUCCAGAAAAUGCUUCUGUUAAUUUAAGAAAUGUGAGUAACUUAAGAAUCUUACCUGCUUGUAGAACAUAUAGAGUGAUAUAUAAUGUCUAAAAUCAAUAAAAUAUUUGAAAUGUUAAA